ACAGACGGCGGGGUCAGCGGGGUCUUGUUCGAUGGCAGCUCGAUUGGUACAAUUUAGACGAAUUAAAUGACUCGUUAGAAAGAUUAUUUCCGCUCUUAUCCGAUAACGAAGUGAAAAUGUGUUUUAUAAAUACUGUUUAAGCUGUUUACGCACGCUUCUUACGUGCGUAUUGUGUUAUUAAGAUGUAUGUUCAUUACACCGUAGGAGCCAUUUUUAUUGUAUUUAUUUUGUGCGUUCAUUGUGAUAAUGUAGCCAACGACAACGAAAUCAAGGAGAUUUACGUUCCGUCCGCUCCUCUUAACCUGACUGCAAACAAUGUAACUACCGAGGAAGUCCACCUCUCAUGGGCCCCGCCAGUGAACAUGACAGUGCGCACCCUUCCCAACACAGACCAUGACUUAAAAAGUCAAACUUUAAUACCUCACAAUGAUCACAUAAGAAAUAGAAAGCAAGAACUGCAGGGCGACGAGCCAGCCAACGACGUCCUCAGCCAGGACUCACCAUCAGACUCCAUAAACCCAGAACGACAGAAAGAGUUCGAAUACGCAUCCUACAACUGGUAUAAAAACGACAAACAAAAAUACAAUGACGAUUACUCAUCUCAUGUCCUUAUCGAUGACUAUAGGAAUAAAAGAGAUGUAAGAUCACAUAGACACAGAAAGAGACGACAGGAUAAUGGGACUGAUGAAAAUUUGCACUUUGAGAAGAGUUUGGAGGUUUGGGCUAAGCAUAACAUAGAGCCGAAAGAGGUGGUUAAGAAGGCGUUUGCUAUGAAACACAAGAAUGCUACGCAAGUGGCUUAUGUGUUGUACUACGAACAGGGGGAACGUCGGUAUGACGUGAGCAUCGUCAAUGGGACUCAGAAGUCAGCCGAUGUGAAAAGGAAGAAUGUGUUCCCCAGUGAUUUGGGCAUGGAAAAUUAUUCGAGGGCGACCAAGAAUUUGACGUUGUUAAACACUUCCGGGAAGGUGACGAAAGUAGUCGGGUUCCGCUUGAGAAAUCUAAAGCCUUUUACGCCAUACAAGAUCUGGGUGCGAGCGUUCUACAACUUUUCGCUGGAUGGUGUGAAGUCAUCCGAUUUAUUGGACAGAUUAGGUCCAAAGUCGGAACCCCUGUAUGUGCUAACUGACGUCAUUCCGCCGUCCGCUCCUAUCAUACUGAAUUUAACUUGCGACCAGACUAAACGUACACUAUACCUUCAAUGGCGUCAGCCCCUAGAGUACAACAACUCCUUGGACCAGUACGUGGUGACCCUCAGGAAGAUACCUGAACAGCAGCCGAGGACCAGACUGACCCUACCGACCAACAAGAAUGAUAUUGAAACUACAAUACCCAUAGAAGUGGAUCUGUGGAACGUGACGCGGUACGAAGUGAAGGUGUACGCGGUUACCCAGUCCGUGGCCAGAGAUAAGUCCUUUAUCAACGGUGUCGAGUCCAACCCAGAGGAGGUGUCAAGCGAGUGGUGCGCGGCGCACUCGGAGGCGAUGUCCCCGAUGGACACGCCGGUGCCGGGUACCGUCAGCAACGUGGCCCUGUUGGCCAUCUGUCCACUGCUAGUCUUCGCUAUUGCAGUCGCAGUACUUUACUGGAGGUGUCGAGCUCGUCUCAGCAAGUGUAUCAGCGCUGCUUACAACUAUUUGGAAGAAGGCGGCGAAAGGGCUGCGCGGGCGCCGCUCAACUCCUACAAGAAACCUGUGGUGAACUGCUCCCCCCUGGUAUCCUGCACGUCGGGGGCGGGCGAGGGCCCCGAGGGCCCCGGCGGCGGGGGCCCGGACGUGGGGGCCCGCGCGCGGCCCCCGCGCAUGGCGGGCGCCGCGCAACCCGCUGUAAAGGCGUCCGCCUUCCCCACACAUGUCGCUGCGUUACAUGCUGAUGGGGAUAUUGGAUUCAGCAAAGAAUACGAGAUCGUAGUAGCCAAAUCAGCUGCAUUGGGUCACACCAGCCAUCAUAGCCAUAGACCAGAAAAUAGACUGAAAAAUCGAUACCUGAAUAUUACUGCAUGUGACUCGGCGUCGUCGGCGAGCUCAGCGUGCGGGGGCGGCGCGGGCGGUGCGGGCGGCGCGGACGGUGGGCGCGGCUCGGCCUGCGACUACGUCAACGCUAACUUCAUCGAUGGCAUGCUGCCUCAACUACAGCCGCAUCAUCUCGCCAGGAUUCGCAGAAAGCUGGAGCGAAGGAAUAGGCCGCAUAGGCAAUCAUCAGUUAAACCAUCGAAGCCUCCUCCAAACCUGGCUGAAGGCAUCGAGUCAGCGUUCCUGAACAUUGAAUUCUCCGGUAUAGUCGAGUCGGACGAACAGAAUUCUGACUCGGACAGCGAUAGAAGCGAUUCUGACUCUGAAUUGGAUGAUGUCUAUGUCGAUAUUGAUGGUGUCCCAACACGAGUUAAGUUAGAAUGGUUAAUAUGGCGACGUCGGUAUAUCGCUACUCAAGGUCCUACGCCGGCAACACUGGACGCUUUUUGGCGCAUGAUCUGGCAACACAGAGUCCAUACAGUUGUUAUGAUCACCAACCUCGUGGAGCGGGGACGACGUAAGUGCGACAUGUACUGGCCGGCGGGCGGCGCGGGCAGUGCGGCGGAGUUCGGCGGCGUGCGCGUGACGUUGCUGCACGAGGACGUGCGCGCCGCCUACACCGUGCGGCACAUGCGCGUCACGGCCGACUGCGCACCGGGCACGUCACCGACCAGUGGCGACACGUCAGGCUCGGGCAGUGAAGGUCGCAGUAUAGUGCAGUACCACUACACGGUGUGGCCUGACCAUGGGACUCCGAGACAUCCCCUAGCUGUACUACCAUUUGUGAAGGCGGCUGGGAAACAUCCUUCUACUGUUUUGGUUCAUUGCAGUGCGGGUGUAGGUCGUACAGGCACAUACAUAGUGCUGGACGCACAACUGAACCAACUCAAACUGACAGGCACACUCUCGCCGCUGGGUUUCCUAUGCCGAGCACGAACACAGCGCAACCAUCUCGUGCAGACAGAAGAGCAAUAUGUCUUCGUGCACGACGCACUCCUAGAACACGUCCGCUCAGGAGACACAGAAGUAGAGUUCCCUAAAGCCAGACAAUAUCUAUUAAAACUCCUAGAACCGAUCUCUGAUGAAGAACUAGCAGUUUUAGACCUUAAUCCCCCUAAACAUAAGAGCACAAAUGACUUGUCGAACGGCGUUGAAAAUGGCGAGACUUCUAGCAUAAAAUCCAGUCAGAAUGCAAGUGAAAAAGAGGUUUUGGAGAAUGGUAGUCAAGUGUCCAUAAAGACGGAUGAUCUGAACAGUGAACAGAGUAAGUCGGUUAAGGAUUCUGAAGGUACUGAUGAGGCUAAGGAUGGUGGUGGGAUGGUGAAUGGAGAGGAGAACGAGGGAGUCUAUGACCUCGCUCCAAGAUCUACUGACACGUAUAGUAAGAAGAUGCAGGCGUAUAACAAUAUGAGUGAGAUGGAGAAAGAAGAGAUGAGGAGAGCGAAUCGUGCGGAAAACUAUGCGUUGUUGGAACGUAUGAGAUCGUUAGCGAACAGACAUCACACGUACCAGGGCCCACCGCCCGUCAACUUGUUGGAGAAACAGUUUCUGCUUAUUACAAGAUCAUGCGUGGAAGCGAGUGUGUGUGCGCGUGCGCCGCAUAACGCAGAGAAGAACAGGCCCGGCGGUAUAUUACCGUCGGAUUCAGCCAGAGUCAUGCUUGUACCUAAACCGGGAGUUGAAGGCAGCGAGUACGUGAACGCGUCGUGGGUGUGCGGGCGGCGCCGCGUGCGCGAGUACUGCGUGGCGCAGCACCCCGCGGCGCGCGCGCCCGAGCUGUGGCGGCUGCUGUGGGACCACACGGCGCAGCUCGUGCUGCUGCUGGCCGACACCGACGACCCGGAAUGCGAAAUAUUCUGGCCGACAGAAGAAGAGAAAGAACUAUUCGUUGCCAACUUCAGAGCUAGUUUUGUAUCUAAAGACACUUACGUGGCGCAUCGGAAAGUUGACAGAAAAACGCCCGCAGAAUCUCCUGUGGAACCAGAGACCAAUGGUUAUAGGCGACAGGAGAGUAGUGACUGUGCAGAUGAUGAGAGGCUCAUACCAGAAAACAGCUCCCCAGUCACUGAUACAGAACCAGCCUACCGCUUCGACAGAACUGAACUCAGACUCGAAAGACUCAGCACCGGCAACCGGGAUCUCUCAGCCAGAAAAUCAAUAGCGAACGGCGACCUAUUCUCGUCCCUCUCAGAAAAGAAAAACGGCCCCAAAUCCCCGAGAUCUCCGUCAAAAAUGUCCCUCAAAAACUUUAAAUUAAGCUCUCCAACAAAAUUCAAAUUCCCCGAUUGGGGGAAUAGGACAGCGGGGUCUCCUCCAGACACGGCGCCUCCACCACCUCCAAUCGCACCAGCUUUGACGGUCGAAGAAGAAGCUGAGUUGCGACGUCCGUGUUAUUUCUUUGAGAAGGUGGAUAAAGUACCGGACGAUGUGCCGUUGGAUAGAGUCGUAGAAGUUACAAAUGUUAGUGUGCAUUCGUUGCAAGAUGACUAUCAGUUAAGUAUUAAAUUUAUUAAAUGCAGUCGGUGGUUGGAUGGGGAUACUACGGACUAUGUUCAAGGGAGGCCGGACGAGAAUGAGUUCAUCAAGGCUGUGAGGCAGGCGGCCACGGAGGGCGAGAGGGAGACUGCUAUAGAUAGGCUUAUAGAGCCGUAUAAGGACUCGUUUGCACUAGUCGAGUAUGUCGCCGGGUGUCAGAUGGAGUAUAAAAAUGGACCUGUUGUUGUUGUUGACAAAUACGGCGGCUGGAAAGCGAUGAACUUCUGCACGAUGUCGGCGGCGUGCGGCGGCGCGGGCACGGCGCGCGCGCAGUGGGCGGCGGACAGCGACGCGCGCGCCUCGCUGUACUGCUGGGCCGCGCUGGGCGCGCACGCGCGC